AUGAGGAAUCUCUCAGUAGUGUCCCAAUUUGUCCUGCUGGGCAUCCCGCACACAGAGGGUCUGGAGACCAUGCUCUUUGUCCUGUUUUUGUCUUUCUACAUCUUCACGCUAGUGGGAAACUUGCUCAUAUUUCUUGCAAUUGUCUCCUCCACUCGGCUUCACACACCCAUGUAUUUCUUCCUGUGCCAGCUCUCAGUGUGUGACAUAUUUUUCCCUUCUGUGAGCUCUCCCAAGAUGCUGUUCUACCUCUCAGGAAAUAGCAGAGCCAUCUCCUAUGCAGGCUGUGUGUGCCAGCUCUUCUUCUAUCAUUUCCUGGGUUGUACUGAGUGUUUCCUGUACACAGUGAUGGCCUAUGAUCGCUUUGUUGCCAUAUGCUACCCACUACGGUACUCAAUAAUCAUGAACUACAAAGUGUGUGGUGUACUGGCUAUAGGGACAUCAUUUUUUGGCUGUAUUCAGGCUACCUUUCUGACCACUCUCACCUUCCAGUUGCCCUACUGUGGUCCUAAUCAGGUAGACUAUUACUUCUGUGAUAUUCCUGUCAUGCUAAAACUGGCUUGUGCGGACACAUCAGUUCUAGAGAUGGUAGGGCUCAUCAGUGUGGGCCUGAUGCCUCUCAGCUGCUUCCUCCUCAUCCUUACCUCCUACAGCUGUAUCCUCUGCUCCAUUCUGCAGAUCCGCUCUGCUGAGGGGCGGCAUAGAGCCUUCUCCACCUGCAGUGCCCACCUCACCGCCAUCCUCCUCGCCUUUAUGCCAGUGGUCCUCAUAUACCUCCAGCCCACCCCCAAUCCCUGGCUUAAUGCAGCCGUUCAGGUCUUGAAUAACCUGGUUACACCUAUGCUGAAUCCUUUGAUUUAUAGCUUGAGAAAUAAGGAAGUAAAAUGUUCUCUGAAUAAACUGAUUCAGCAAGUACCUAGUAUGUCUAAAAAGUAA